UUAGAGGUUAAUCGAAUCAAGCUUGAUGGACGAAAGGAAUAUCAAGGAGUAAAGAUUGUCGUUGGGUGCAAUCGAAAAGAUCACUUGGUCGAGUUACCUCUGGCAAUUUCUUAUUGGAGGCUAGUUCACUCGGGCACCCCAAAUGGAUUGUCGUCACCGUAA